AUCUCAGAACAAACAAGUUUCUUGAAACAGGAGCACCAUGAAUCAAGCAUGUUGCAUUACUGUGAUAAUUUCAUUGAUUAAAUUUAUCUCAACGGAAACUGUCGAAUACGAAGAUGGCAACAUUCUCAUCUUCAACCUAAACAUAACCAGCGAAAAUUCUAAAAAACUUUCACGCUUCUCAAACUACACCACAAUCGGCUUCUUGAACUCGUCACUACCGCCACUGACGGAGCAAAACCUACAACAUCUAGCUCGAACAGUCAACUUUGCCUGCCGAGAUGGCAUCCUGGAAGUGUUCGAGAUUCUUCCCCGCUUCAAAGAGGUUCAGUUUCAUUCCUGUCAAACGACAAACAUCACAAUCAAACCUGACAGGAGUUACGAGCUGAAUGCGUUGGCCAUCGUGGAUAAUAACAAUACUGAAUUGCCUAAAAAUUUGGGGCUUUUGACGAAGCUAGAGCGACUUUACGUCGCUGAAACGCUGAUUGAGCACGUUGAGAUGGACGUGCUGAGCAAGUUGGUUAAUUUGAAACAACUCUACCUGAUCGAUAGUAGAAUCAAGACUAUCAGCUCAGUUUCGCACAGUCUUGUCGUGAUGCCCAGCUUAAAAGAUUUGAAUCUGUCUGGCAACAAGCUUGCGAUGGUUUCUCUCGCCAAGUGGGAUGAGCCUUCGGUAGAGAAGAUCAGCGUGCGUAAUAAUCAGUUGCAGAUCGUUAUGAUGAUGCCGUUUAAUUUUCCGAAAUUGAAGGAAUUGGAUUUGUCAAAUAAUCCUUUGGAUUGUUUUUGGAGAAGAAAUUUGAAACAAGCGAUGGACGAGCGAAAGGUUGAGCUGUGGGAAAACACAAUUUGUGGUAUUUAAAGUGUUUGUUCAAGUAAAAUAGAUCGCAA